GAAUCGGUUGCACAGUGCAGAUCAACCCAACCAUUUGGUUGUUUUAAUUUUACUUCGCACAGUCAAACGGGAUGACCACCCAAUAAAAUUUCCGAACGUGACAUUUUUUUAAUUUAUUGAUUUUCCUGCAUUUUACCACAGUUUGUUGUUCAGGUUAUUUCGCUUCAACUUUUGAGGUAUGAAUUCCUUAACUGCAGACUCGACAUGCAAGCUCCAUACUGACCAGGCUGUGUCAACAUCAGGUCACGGCUUGUUUGACUUUGUCCGUUAGGCCGUGUUUGCACAGAUAUUGUGAUGGCGUCAAAGACAGUUAAAGAUUUUGUUGGUCGUGUGUCGGGGGUAUUGUCCCCGCCGAAACUGAAUGCAAGUUUAAGAAAGACUAGGUCUAGUAAGUUAUGAUCAGAAGUGUCCUGUGGGUCUAGCCCUCAGCCACUCUGCAGAUCUGCGGCAAGCAGUAAACUACAUUUACACCAAAAAGCGCAAAACAAGACUUGAUUUUUUACGCGGCUCUUUUCACCAUGAUAAUUAUUGGACACGUGUUUUGGAAAUUUGAAAUACUCAUGGCAACUGGUGGGUGAAUCAUUCAAAAAUGCAAACGUGCCCGCUGUUGAGUGCAGCCAUGUGAAUCCACACAGUCACUUUUCUCGUAAAUCACUCGCCGUAAAACGUGCAAGUGGCUGUCGUGUGAAUCGCCUAUAACCGACUGUCCACAGUUGUGGAAGUAUUUUCCAGCACUCACUGUACUUUAUUAGAGAGGUUGCGCAUAAUGUAGUUACGUUAGUUAAAAAAAUGUAGUCGAUCUACGGAAAGUCUUACGGAAACUGCAUGCGCAUCUGGGUUCCGCCAUACGGAGUUUUCAAAUCAUAGCAGACUCAGCGGAGGACGUUCAGGUUGGUUGUAACUCUUGAGUUUCAUGCCGUUAGGCAAUCAUCAGACAACUGAUACUCGGGUCUACCCAACGGUGAGUCAGUAUGCUUAUAAAUACAUAGGGCCACAAGCAUAAACAAAUUUAGCGCUAAAUCUGGUGUAAGGUAUGUGGAGAACAGCUGGCGGGCCACGGCGCGACAGUAGAAGUGCCAGGAGGGUGGCGGACAACAGGCAGGUAUGAGCAUGAAAGCGCGGAAAGAGGCGAUGGGGAGGCAGUGUCCAGCAGAUGGGUGGAGGUGCCAGGAGGAUGGCGGGCGAUGGGCCAGUGAGAUCGCUAGGGGGUCUUUGGGUGAUGGGCAGGCGUGGGCGUACUAUUGACAUCAUGGAUGUGUCCUCACAACAAGGCUCCACCAUGAGCAUGGCAAACUUUACAAAGUACUACACGAAUGCGAAACGCGACAAACUCUACAACGUCAUUAGCCUGGAGUUCACCAAGACUAAGUUGGAGCCUCUAGUGGAGUCACCCAGUCUGGUACGUCAUUUGGAUUGGGUGGACUUGGUGUGGCCGGAAACAUUGCGCGCUUUGCAGCAGGAGGCCACCAACCGACUGGUCGACAUGAAAUAUCCCAAAGUGCAAAAGUACUGCCUGAUGAGCGUCGGUGGCUGCUACACAGAUUUCCGUAUCGACUUUGGUGGCACAUCCGUCUGGUAUCACAUUCUCAAGGGUGGAAAGGUUUUCUGGCUGAUUCCUCCGACCCCAAUCAAUCUUCAGCUCUAUGAGCAGUGGGUGUUGUCCGGUAAACAGCAGGAUAUCUUCCUGGGUGACAUGGUCGAGACGUGUGCCCGCGUCGAAUUGAAACCAGGCUGGACUUUUGUCAUUCCUACUGGUACCGCAGAAGUUCCGCUUUCCCUUCUUCUCACAGCUCAUGUGAUACGGACGCAGCGAAGCUCUCUCCGGCGCCCGCAUGCGCCGAGAUCCCACUGCUGUCAACGGAUGACACUGCAGCCCAGUCGCCAGCGACGGCCGCAGCUGCUGCUUCUGCUGCUUCGUCAGGAGACGGGAACAGCUCACAAGGCGGCAAGCUACCUCCAUCACCGCCAUCCUGCCCGCUCUCGGACAUGGCCUGUCUCAGCUCGUAUGAGAUUGAUGGCUUGCGACGGCUGCUGGCCAAGCUGAACGUUUCCACGACGAUGGUGAGGGCGUGUCCCGAGGAGCUGGGGGAUCCUGGGGAGCUCUUGUCGACCGUGGAGAAUCUGCGUGUGUCGCCCGCACCAAUACCUGACAACAUUGUGGAAAUAGUGGCAGUUGAAACAGAGAUUGUAUGCAAGUCCUCAGCUGCUACUGCAUCUCCAAGAAAAGACAGCAAGUAUAUCAUCUCGUGACGACCACAUUGAAGUCUGAAUUUGAAGUGCGAAGAUGCUUCAGCAACCACAUCGUACUUUUCCAUUGCUUUCAUUGUGCUUCUACUGUGCAUGUGUGUAACUUGUGGGGUAUACAUGUGAUGACAUUGUAUGCUGGCGACACGGUCAGAUUUUGUCCAUGCGUGUAACGUACACCUGCAUGUUAUGCAUUGAAAAGGAUCUGCCACUUGCGAUCCUGGGACAAGUAUCAGGUCAGCUUUGUCUUGUGUGGGCUGUACCAGAUUGCUGUUCACUUUUCCAUCUGUUGGAUAUGUGACUUUCUGCAAGUCUCUGGUGUAUGGUGGCCACUUCUUUGCUUGUCACUUUGUAUGAUAUUACAUUCUGUAUUCGCUGCUUCCAUGGCGUGGUCUGCAAACUGCAAUCCUUGGGCAAAUGUCAUGUUUGCUAUGUUGUGCUUUGGCCGUCAGCUUGUCUACGCGUUGUAGUUGAAUUAUUUUGUUCCACAACUGACUUCCUGAA